AUGAUACGUUCAAGAAGAUGUAGGAGUACUAAUUUGACGGAUAUAAGACCUAACUUGAAGAAAAGUAGGGUUUCACGCGAGAAUUUUGAUUAUAGACACUUGCCCUUGCAAAGGUUGAAGCAAAGGUUACUUAAUCUAGAUGAUAAAUCUACUGAUACGAGGAAGAUAGCUAUUGAACUGAUAGAGGCAGAUCUAAAUUUAAUAAAAGAGCUGUUUGGUGGGCAUGUAACUAUGUCGAUUAACUACUUUCAAGUUCUGAAGGAAGAUAAGGUUUGCAUGAGAAGUGAGAACAAAGUGGGAUCUCAACAAAUCCUGCAGAAAAUAGAACUUAUAGGAAAUCAAUUAUCCCGUGAUACUUCAACCAGUGAUUUCCAAGUAUCAUAUGGGCAGAAUCAGGAUUUUGAACGGAGAUCAGAAAGCAAUGAGAUAUUAUUGAAUUCGCAAGUACAAAGCCAAGUUGAAACAAAAGCUUUAGAGAGUUCACUUUAUCAAUAUCAAAAUAAAGAAUAUUCUAAUCAAAUAAAAGGGAAUGGGGAUCAACAAUUGCAUAGUGAAUCAAUCCAAUCCUUGGUAAGAUGUGAAGAUUAUAAAUAUGAAGCUAAUCAUUACCCAAAUAAUAGAUCUCUAACUUCAAAAUAUACUGAGCAAUCUACAACACAGCAGGAACAUAGAAUCCCAAAUCAGAAGGAUAUGGGAGUACUUCAAAAUAAAGUAUAUGGGCAGUACCAAAUAAAAGAAAUAAGGUACAGAAAUAUAGGGAAGAUGACAGACAAUAUGAACUCAACGCAAAUAGAUAUACCAAUACAACAGAACACAGAAGUGCAAAAUUGCACUGAGGAUAAAAAAAAGAAAGUUCACAAAAGUGAACUAGCAGUAGAUCCAUUUCAGCCUCAAAUUCGUCCUUCUAAAUCGCAUAAGCAAACCCGUAGUUACUAUUCUAAUUUCGAUUCAAAUAGCAAUUAUUAUCUAAUCCCCAAGUUUCCAAAUGUAACUGGGAAUGUACCUACUUAUAUACAUUCUCAGGAUUCUCCCCUGUUGCAGAACUUUAUCCCAAUUCAAACUAAUAUGACACCUGCAUUUGCACAGGGAGUCAUACUGAAUAACCAAGGACCUGAUAUAAACCAAGAAAUUCCUGUUAAUAUACACCCUAAUAUAAAUAGAAGUGGAUAUCGAAUAAACCCAAGUUCAAAUAUGGGUUUUCCCCUUGAUUCUUUAAACUAUGAAACAACAGGCUCCUUAACAUCAAACAAGCUUUGGCACAAUACCUAUACCCAGAACAUCUCUAGAAGCUGCACACUGCCUUCUUCGAGUUAUAGUACAGUAUUUCCAGUACAAAACUAUGUCUUGAACCCACAGAAUGUGCACCAUGAAGGUUUAGAUACUUCAGAAACAUUUAAUUCCACGAAUUUAAUGGGGCGAAACAAAAUCUCCUCUACAGUUCCACUUUUAAAUGUAACUUCUGAGUAUACCUUAAAUAAAGUGCCUAAUGCUAAUGUUCCAACCUGGAACAAUUUCAGACAUCCUUGA